AUCCCGCCGCCAUCCCCCAUCGCAUCAAAUGGACGAGUCCGAAGCGGGCGGCUCCGGCAACGUCCGGGAGGUCGAGGAGGAGAGUUCCUGCUGCAUGAUGCGCUUCCUCCAUUACACCGUCGUGCCGCUGCUACUCAUGCUCACCACGCCCAACUUCUCCGUCUUGCUCGCCGGCUACGUCGGCCACUAUCACUCCGACUACCAGCAGGCGCUCGGCGACGGACUCUCCAAGUUCUUCUGGACGAGUUGGGGAGCGGCGGGCGUCGGCGACUGGGAGACGUGGUCGUUCCUCCUCGUCUUCUCCAUCUACGGACUUCUCUCCCAGUUGGUUCUCGGCGGGGAGGAGUACACGGGACCGGCGACAAAGUCGGGGCACGUGCCGCGGUACCGCCACUCGGGCUUCCGUUAUUUCUUGCUCACCGCAGUCAUAAUGGCCGUCCUCGUCGGAUCUGACGCCUUCAGUGGGUGGUAUUGGUACAACAAGUUGCCACGCUUCGCCGGGGCCUUAAAUCUCUAUGGGUUUGUGUUCUGUAUAUUCUUGUACGUAAAGGGGCGGUUGUCGCCCUCGCCGGGAGAGUGCGGAAGUUCCGGAAACUUCAUAUUCGAUUAUUACUGGGGGUUGGAACUAUAUCCUAGAAUGCUAGGUAAUAGGAUAGACCUCAAGAUGGCGACGAAUAACAGGUUCGGCAUGAUGAUGUGGGCGCUGGUGGUGUGGGUUUGCUGGAAGGCUCAGGUUGAGCACAGCGGGUGGAACUGGGCGAUGGCCACUUCUGCCGUCCUGCAAACUAUCUACAUCGGUAAAUUCUACUGGUGGGAAGAUGGUUACAUGAACAGCAUCGACAUCAUCAUGGAUCGUGCAGGUUAUUACAUCUGCUGGGGAUGCAUUGUCUUUGUGCCAAUUUUCUAUACGAGUACCAGCCUCUACCUGACCGAACGGUCGCCCGACAUGCCGCUCUGGGGCGCCAUACUGAUUUUGACAGCAGGACUUGCGAUGGUCGGCCUGAAUUAUUGGGCCGACCAGCAGCGACGGGAGGCCAGGAAGACGAACGGAGACUGCACGAUCUGGUUUCGAAAGCCGACAGUGGUCGUCGCCAAGUACAGCACGCAGGACGGCGAGGCGAAAGAGAGCCUGCUGCUGGCGUCGGGCUUCUGGGGCUUGAGCCGGCACAUCAACUACCUGUUCGAGGUGCUCGCCGCCUUCUGCUGGGAAUUACCGAGCCUGUUCUUCAGCAUCAUUCCCUACCUGUACGUCAUGUUCCUGAUGGUGCUGCUCCUGCAUCGGAGCCACCGCGACGAGUUGAAGUGCAAGCAAAAGUACGGAAAGCACUGGGACGAGUACUGCAGGGUGUCGCGGUACAGGAUUGUGCCGUUCGUGUUCUAGGGGAGAAUCGGUUUCACCAUCGAAUGGCGAAUUACUGAAAAGAAAUUAUAGUCGUGCAACGAAGCAGCACUGUAAUGGUGUUUAGUGCCUGGUGUGUGUGUGCGUGUGUGUGUGUGUGUGUGUGCGUGCGUGCGUGCGUGCGUGCGUGCGUGCGUGUGUGUGUGUGCGUUAGCGACUUUAGUUAUACCUUUAGUUAUAUACAUAUUGUUACACCGUGAUAUAUCGUAGAAUAUUCACGUAAGAUGAGCAGGUGAAUUGAAUAACGGUUUAUUGUAAUGAGUUUUAUGUAUUUAAAUUUUAUGUAUUAAAUCAUUUAGACCAGAUAAUAGAUGUAGUAACAUGUCACAGUGCAAAAUCAAGGUCAUGAUACCAAGUUAUUGUAUAAGACUUGUGUAGGUCUUAUGCACUCUUUAUGUUCACAUUUGUUAUAGCACUCUAGACAUUAUUGAUCGUAUUGCAUUAUGGCAGGUGCAAACACCAGAUCAGAAUGCAUUAGUGGUAACCUACUGUAACUUUAAAUAUUUAAUGUUCCAUUGUAGGGAUAAUUUUAGUAUCUUUGCUUGGAGACUGCA